AUGAAACCUCUCAUCGCUGUCGUCGGAGCGACAGGUACUGGCAAGUCGAAGCUUGCAGUUGACUUGGCCUCGCGCUUCAAUGGCGAAAUCAUCAAUGGUGAUGCAAUGCAAAUGUACCGCGGCCUCCCGAUCAUCACCAAUCAAAUCCCUCCCGAGGAACGUAACGGUAUUCCGCAUCAUUUACUGAGCUGUGUAGAAAUAGAGGAAGAGCCAUGGUGGAUCGGUCGAUUCAAACAGGACAGUCUUCGGCUAAUUGACGAGAUCCACGCCAAGGGGAAACUUCCGAUUCUAGUCGGAGGCACACAUUACUACACACAAGCCGUGCUCUUCAACGACCAACUGGUUGAUGCAGAUCAAGAUUUCAGUGAUGAUGAUCCGGUUCUCCGGGAUGACAACAGUGACCGGGACUCACCGACCAAAUGGCCGAUUCUCGACGCUACUCCAGAAGUGAUGUUGCAGAAACUCAAAGAAGUCGACCCGGUCAUGGCGGCCAGAUGGCACCCAAAUGAUGCCCGCAAAAUCCGGCGCUCUUUGGAGAUCUACUUCCAAACUGGGCGCCCCGCCUCUGAAGUCUACGCAGAACAACAGCGGCUGAAACAGGCUGACAUGGCGCGCAACAGCCUUUCUCUUGGCGUGGGCCGUUUGCGAUACCCGACAAUGAUUUUCUGGGUGCACUCGGAGAAGGAAAUGCUUAAUUCUCGAUUGGAAAAGCGCGUGGACUCGAUGGUAGACCAAGGGCUCAUGGAGGAAGCUAGACGCAUGUUUGAUUUUUCUCUGGAGAAGAAAAAGCAGGGCGAUCCGGUCGAUCACACGCGAGGCGUAUGGGUUUCCAUUGGCUACAAGGAGCUGGCGCCGUACUUCGAUGCCCUCUAUAAGGGUUUCAUGAGCGAGUUGGACUUGGAGGCAUUGAAAAGAGCCUGCGUCGGGUCCAUCAAGUCUGCAACGCGACAAUACGCCGUGUCACAAAUUAAAUGGAUACGAAAUAAGCUAUGGAAAGCUAUUGCCGAUGCAGGCGCGACUGAUCAUCUCUACCUCCUGGAUAGCACGAACGUCGAGGCAUGGAAGGAGACUAUCACACAGCCGUCAGAGGAAUUGGUACGAGCUCUGCUGAAUGGUGAAUCCACUCCCGAUCCCAAGUCACUAUCAGAGCUUGCUAGAACCGUCCUGAGUGCAAAAGAGGCGCAGCCGCAGAGAGAUUCCACCGCCUAUAUGAAAUGUAUAACGUGCAAUGUCUGCAAGAAGACAAUGCAAGGCAGCGAGCAAUGGGAUAUUCACAUCAAUGGGAAUGUACAUAAGAGAGCUCUCAAAAGUGCUGCCAAGAAGGCUGCACGUGAUGCGUACCUCCGGAAACGGCAGGAUAGCCUCACCUCAGAUGUUCUACCAGAUAUUAGCAGUGAAGCCGCGAUCAAAGAAGACGCAGGGUAA